AUGGCCUCUUACAACCCAAAAGCUGAACAAGAAUUUGAACUCUUGACGAAGAUUGGUUCAGGUGGCUUUGGUACGGUUUGGAGAGCUAGAAGCAACAUUGACCAAUCUUUACGAGCAAUAAAAGUCAUUCGAUGCUAUGCUGAUGAAGAAGGAAAAGACAACGCUGACGACAUCAUACAAGAACUCAGGAUACUGCGUCAAUCCUGA